CUGUAGCGGCGGUUUCAGUGGAAAGUCCAAAACGUAACGCGGCUCGAUGUUCGCUGCUGCGCAUGCGCACGCGCACAGAGGUUAUCGAAAUAUGGCGGCGAGGUCUUGCGAAAAGUACUGAGAUCUGCUUCAAUUUCGACAAAUUCGCCCAGGUUGGGAGCCACAGUGUGUGUAUCUGUGUGUUGUGUAGCAGUGGAUCAGUGUUGUGGAGCUGCGGUAGCCAAUGAGCAGCAUGGGCAGGACAGCACUGAAAGAUCAGAAGGAGAGUAAGAAGGAGAAGGCAGGCAGGAGUACUCCUGUCAGCACAGGACCUCCACCAGUUAAAGCCCCCGAGUCAUUCUCAUGGGAAGAGUAUUUGAAGGAGACGUCGUCCACACCUGCCCCUCCCAGCUGCUUCAGACAGUCUCGCAUCCCUCCAACAAAUGACUUCAAGGCUGGGAUGAAGCUGGAGGCUCGCGACCCUCGUAACUCCACCUCUGUCUGCAUCGCCACAGUGAUGGGCAUAACGGGCAUCAGGCUCCGCCUACGCUUGGACGGCAGCGACAACACCAACGACUUCUGGAGACUGGUUGACUCCUCAGAUAUUCAGCCAAUAGGAACAUGUGAGAAGAAUGGAGACAUGCUGCAGCCCCCGCUGGGGUUCAGGAUGAAUGCCUCCUCAUGGCCCAUGUUUUUACUGAGGACACUGAAUGGGGCAGAAAUGGCGCCAGCGUCUGCGUUCAAAAAGGAACCUCAGAGGCCCUCUCAGAAUAGUUUCAAGCCAGGCAUGAAGCUAGAAGCGGUGGACAAGAAGAACCCCUACCUCAUCUGCCCCGCCACCAUCGGCGAGGUCAGAGGUGAAGAGGUGUUUGUGAUGUUCGACGGCUGGAGAGGAGCGUUCGAUUACUGGUGCCGUUACGACUCCAGAGACAUCUUUCCUGUGGGCUGGUGUGCGGUGACCAAACACAGCCUUCAGCCGCCUGGGAACAGCAUCACCCUCCCAAAGCCGCUAUCUGCACCUUCAUCUUCCACUUCCUCCUCCUUUUCUUCUUCGCCAUCCAAGCAGACGCGGCGCUCCAUGCAUUCUUCGUACCGCUUGCCCACACCGCUGCCCCCGCUGCCCGUGCGGAAGGGCGUGAGGGGCCGGCGACCCAAAAGCGAGACCAUCGCCCUGCUCAAGGCCCUGGCAGCAUCAUCAGGCGCUCAGAGUCCAGGGGCUCAGACGAGUAACACGGCACCCGAAUCCACCCCACAGCUCCUCCCACGCCCUCACAAGAAGAGAGGACCCAAACCAGGCAGCAAGAGGAAACCCAAACUCCUGCAGAGCUCCAUGUCAGCACCAGCAGGUUCAGACUCCAGACUGCCAUCUUCUCAGGUGUCCAGGGACGGCCUGUCUCCGCUGAGCUCUCCAUCCUCUGUGGUGUCCACAGUGUGUGUAUACGUGAAUAAGCACGGGAACUGCGGCCCUCACCUGGACCGUAAGCAGGUGCAGCGGCUGCCGGAUCACUUCGGACCCGAGGCAGUGAACCUGGUGAUGCAGCAGACGGUGCAGGCGUGUUUGGACUGCGCCUAUCAGCCCAAAGUGCUGCUGGGGUGCCUGCAGAAUCAGCCAGACGGUGGAGAGGUGGUGCGAGUGCGGACGGAUGGAGGGACACGGAUGGUAAAGCUGCCAUCAGCAUCCAGUGCCGCUUUCGUUCUGCGUUUCCUGGAGAAAGUGUGUCGACACCUGCAGUGUGAUAACCUGUUCAGCAGCCAACCGUUCAGCCCCUACAGCAGCUACGACAGGAGUAAGUCAGUGAAAGAGGAGAUGUCAGAGGCUCCAGCACUAAACAGAGGAGUAAAGCGAAUCUCUCGAGACUCUCCACCCUAUUCCGCCCCCCUCUCCCCCAAGAUCCUCCACACGGAUACACACCCUUCCGAAGCUGAGACUUUGCCUCCAGAAGAAAACGGUUUAUUGAAGGAGCAGCGCUUCAUGGACUCCGCCUCUAACUCCAUGACUCCCCGCCCACAGACGCUACGAAGCACCUCCGAAUACCAGUCCCAACCCAGCAGUCCAUACUACCAUGGCAAUGGCCCUCCCUUGCGCCGCCACUCCUCCAACCCCCCCACUCGCACCCACAGAAGAGUCGAAGCUGCCAGCUCCACUACAGGUCCAGAUGCAGCAGCAGCGGAGUGUGAGACUCCCAGAAUUCCCAGCGGCAGAAGCCCUUCUUCUUGGUCUAUAGAGGAAGUGAUGCAGUUUGUGCGAGACGCAGACCCGACGGCGUUGGCGCCGCAUGCCGAGCUGUUCAGAAAGCAUGAGAUUGACGGUAAAGCCCUAAUGCUUCUGAGGAGCGACAUGGUGAUGAAGUACAUGGGCCUGAAGCUUGGCCCCGCCCUCAAACUCUGCUACCACAUUGAGAGACUCAAACAGGGCAAACAGUGAGGAUUAAACACACACACAGUAACAGGAUUAAACGCAGGCGUAUAGGUACAGUACUGGUCAGGUUUACAGUACUCGAUUAGACUCAGUAUUGGGUUCAGCUCAGCAGUACUGAAUUAGGUUUAAAAUACUGGAUGAAGCACAGCGCUGGACAGAGCUAAACUACAAGGAGUCACGGACAUGCGCUGCUUUUCAUCCAUCCGAACCACCAAACAAAGCCGCAGACAGACAACAAGGAAUGAUGGACAGCAGACUCAUGUCAGGAGUAAACUCUGGGAUGGACACAGCAAGAGAACUGGGCAGCAAUAAAAACAGUCCCACACACACUACCUGCCACUGAGAGAGAGAGAGAGAGAGUGAGAGAGAGAGCUGAGCGACAAGUGAAGCAGAAAUGGACCAACUCAUAUUGGUUAUUUUAUCACAUACAGGUCUACUGGCAGUCCUUGUCUACCCCACAGAACCACCGCUGAACAGAUAUUAUUUGGCUCAUUUUCAGUGUGUGGCUCUGCUACGAGUGUAUCAGACGCAAGCAGCAUAGCUGAAAACUCAUAUAUCAUAUAUAUAUGUGCAUCUUUCUGUCCUUUUUUUUUUUUUGUUCCUGUUUAUGUUCACUCUCUCAUGGUUCUGUUUUUUUUCCUCUUUCCUUUUCUUUGUUUUGCUCAGUCCUCAACCGGUUCAGAUCCACAAGAAAGCUGUCAUUCUAAACAAUUCCCCCCCAAAGAUGUUGAUAUUUGCUACGAUUAUUGCAUUGUUGCGUGGAGAAUUGGUGUGAUGUCUUAAUGUGAUGAACGCAUUUCUCCUCCCUACCUCCUGUCUGCAAUACAGAGACAGUCCACUCCUGCAGAUUCACUGCUGUGAAAACCAAACGGCACUGCAAAUCGUUUCAUCUCUGUUGUGUUCUCUCUCUUUUUUUUUUUUUUUGUGAUACGUACGCUGUGCUGUGUGCUUGUAUUUAUACUUUUCAGUGUCUAGUGUGGGGUAGCUGAUCAUAAAUCGCCCCCAUCUCCAACCUCUUACACAGCUUACCAAAUUCCAGUAUACGUCGUAUAAAACAGAAAUGAAAUAUAUGUAUUUUGAAGUAGACAAACAUUAACUGAAUCAGUUAUAGAUGAUUUGCCUAAUAUGCAUCUAAAUAAAUUGUAUUUUAUUAAUAAUUAUAAGUCACAUUUCCACCUGGUAAGGUGGAUAAAAAUAUGAAUAUGAUGUUUCUAAUGUAAUUUUAAUCUCCCUAAAUUAAAUUUUCUGACACAUAAGGCUGCGUUCACAGCGACAUUUUGAUAUCAGUCGUUCACACUUGAAGAAAGAUGGAAAAGCUGUAAUUCGACUAUCUGUAAGGACAGCUCAUGGCCAGCCUCAGCUCGGGAUUUUAGCUCAGAGGAGAGGAGAGUGUAGCCUCAUAACAGCAUCUUACCUUAGAAAUGAAACGUGACACAUUUGCUUACAUUCAUCAAUAUUACAGAUUAGCGAAAGUGCUAAAUGUUGCUUCAGACUAUUCACUUUAAAAGGAGGAUAUCCUAGCAGACUUGCCCAGUCAUUAUACAGGACAUUUUUUUCUCUUUCUCUUCUUGAGACCAAAAAAAUAAAAGAGCAUAACCUUUCAGGAAAACCUGUGUGAAUAUGAUCAGCAACAUCACAUGUGGGAAAAACACUGAUCUAGAAACCAAACCAGCAACGCAUUUAAAUACUGACAGAUCAGUUCUCACAGAUGUCGGGAUGUUUCUGUGAAAGCAGCCUGAUGUAUCCAAGAUGGUUUUGGUCAAUGUAAAUUGUCUCCCUGGCCCAGUUAUAUAUACAUAUAAAUGUAUGUGUGGCGGUCUGGGAAAACCCAUCGUAUGCCGCUGUGGAUGAAUUCUGGCAAGUACUCCGACACCUCAAAAACGUAAAUACUUUUCACAGAAACGAUGUGGAAAUGUUUUUAUUUACUUUUGCCUAGGCUAUCUUCCUGCAGAAAUCAUGGUGUGUAAGGAGCCAGUUUAACAAACACAGUGGUAAAAACAGUCACUCUGUCUAAAGAUGUCGAAAACCUUGCGAGGUGUCAAUAUUUAGUUUAGCCGUAUCAUUUAAUAUUUUUGCUGUGCUACGAUGAUAUUGGAGACACCUGAAAACAACGUUUUUCUGCUUUCUUAGCUAAGACGAAAAUAAACAAUAAAAUUCCCCCAAAAGAAUACCCAAUUAACUGAAAAGAAUUUGCUUUUAAUCGCUGUAACUUUCACUUAAUGUGGACUUUAUAACUUGGAAAUCUUUUUUUUUUUUUUUGUGAACCAAUAAAACACUCUGGUAAAACUGCAGGGUAGAACAUGUUUAUCUUUAUCGUUUAGCUGUUAACACGGAGCCGCAUCGUCCGCAUCUCUAAAUUUCCUCAAAGUUGUUGAAUAGCUAUGUACUGUAGCGAAACAGGUAUAAGCCUUGUCAGUUUAGUUUGUACUCAGAUAAUGACUGUAAAAUGUCCACAGUUUUCAAUUUUGUUGGUAACCAGACUUUAAAAUGUUACAAUUUUACUUGUUUGUGAGAAACAUUAAUGUUUGGUCAUGUGAAGGGUUUUCCCAGUCCGCCACGUGAGAACGUUAAGUUGGAAUUUUGCCGUUAAAAUAAUCCGUAUCAUUGGUUAUGGUGAAAUCUUCCUUUUGUCAAAACAUUUGCAUGAAUAUUCUUCAUAAUGUAUAUUCUUAUUGUGUAGACAGGAUCAUCGAGAUCCCGCCUGCGUUUUAUUAGUCCGUUUUUGCAGGUUCGCGUCCUGCCGUCCUUCUCAACUCCUCCAAAAAUGAAGACCACAUUUCAAAGGGAAGUGUUUUAUAUCGACAUGUCGCAGAUGCGUCGUGGCCGUGGAACUCCAGCGAAAAAAAGUAAUCCACUCGUCAGACUCAUCCAGUUUACGUCACAAAAAAGAAAAUAAAUUGGGAUCACAGAGUGACACAGGGUUCAUCAGUGUAUUAUGGGUUUCACCAUAAAAUGCAGCAGCAGGAAUGUACAUGUUUUUGUAGAAAAAGAAAUAUUUUAAACUGAACAUAUUGUAUAUGAAAGUAGAAAAUGUGAAGCUUUCGGGAUGGGCCGGGGCUGUCGUCGUCAAAAGUCUAUCUUGUACUGCCUUCUGAUACUUUAUACUGCGCUU